GCGCUCCGGCGCGCUGGAGCCCAGCGGCCCGGGCGCGGAAGCCGGCAUGGAAGGCGCGGCGAGUGACCCGUACCGGCGGCCCGCGCGGCGCACGCAGUGGCUCCUGAGCGCCCUGGCGCACCACUACGGGCUGGACCGCGGCGUGGAGAACGAGAUCGUGGUGCUGGCCACCGGCCUGGACCAGUAUCUGCAGGAGGUCUUCCACCACCUGGACUGCCGAGGGGCCGGCCGCUUGCCCCGAGCCGACUUCCGCGCGCUCUGCGCGGUGCUGGGGCUGAGCGUCGAGGGGGCAGCCGCCCCCGGGGAGGCCUCCGGGGAUACGGCCGCCGGAGACACGAACUCUGGGGACGUGAUCGCCGGGGACGCGGCCGCUGAGGAGGCCGCCGACGGGGACGAGGAUGCCGAGGAGGAGGCGCGCCUGGCGCUGCGCGCGGAGCCGCCCGAGCUCACCUUCCGCCAGUUCCACGCGCGCCUCUGCGGCUACUUCGGCACCCGCGCCGGGCCCCGUCUGCCCCGCGGCGCUCUGAGCGAGCACAUCGAGACGCAGAUCCGCCUGCGCCGCCCGCGCCGCCGCCGCCGCCGAGCUGCCCGGCCGGCCGGCCCCGACGGUGGCCCGGACGGCGAGCGCCUGGCGCGGCUGGAGGAGGAAAACAGCAACCUGCGCGAGCUGGUGGAGGACCUGCGGGCCGCACUGCAGAGCAGUGACGCGCGCUGCCUGGCGCUGCAGGUCGGCCUCUGGAAGAGCCAGGCGGGCGCCCAGGAGGCGGCGCGCGGCGAGCCCGAGGCGGCGGCGCGGGAGCUGCGGCAGGCGCGGGGCGCGCUGGCGGCGGCCGAGGCUGACGCAGGUCGGCUGCGCCGGGGCCAGGCCGAGGUGCGGCGGCGCGCGGAGAAGGCCCGGGAGGCGGUGCUCCGCAGCCUGGGGCGCGUCCGCGAGCUCGAGGCGCUGGCGCGCCAGGUGCCCGGCCUGCAGCGCGGGCUGCAGCGGCUGGAGGGGGAGCUGCGGCGCUACAGGUCAGAGGGCACCCAGCUCCCAAGCUCACCACGAGCCAGCCCAGAGCCAGACACCAAGAGUAGUGAAGCUGAGGAUGGUGGGACCAGAGGCCCAGACCCCCCUCCAGAGGGAGCCUGGGGGUCCAACAGCAGCCCGGCGAGCAGACCCCCGGACCAAGCCCGUGCUUCUCCAGGGCUGGACGAGCAGCUGUUCCGCUCGGUGGAGGGCCAGGCCGCCUCUGACGAGGACGACGACCGCGAGAAGUGGCAGGAGGCGCAGCGGCCGCCGGCCGAGGUCACGGCGCUGCUGUCUGUUCUCUCCGGCUGCGGGAGGGGGUGCGAUGACCGGACGGCCAAGAAGCUCAUGACUCACUUCAGCCACUUGGGCAGUGCCAACCACACCCGCGCCCUGGGGGAGCUGGAGGCCUGUGUCACCAUGCUGGUGGAGCAGCUGGGGUCCCAGGGCUGCGAUCCAAAGACUCUGAGGACGCCUGAGGAGGAGGCGGAGCUGCAGCGGAAGGUGGGCGAGAAUGAGGACCUGCGGCAGGAGCUGCAGAUGGUGGAGACAGAGAGGGUGCGGCUGUCCCUGCUGGAGGAGAAGCUGGAGGACGUGCUGGGACUCCUGCAGAGGCUCCGCGACCUGAACAUAUCGAAAAAAGCCCUGGGGAAGAUUUUGCUGAGCACACUGGACGCUUGCAGGGACAUCGCACAUGAGGGGACGUCUGGCGCCUCGGCCGUGCUGGACACGCUGCACCGAGCUCUGGCUGGCUGUGAGCUCCUGCACAGAGAGCCCGCGGCCCCUGCCUCCGCAGGCCCGGCCCUCACCCACUCCUGCCUCAUCUCCUGCUGAGGCUGCUGGCCCGGCCUGUGGGCAGCCUGGCCACCAUCACAUCCUCAGAACCCUGGGGUCACUGGCUCCUUCUGAGACCGGUCCAAGCUCAGAGCCCGGCAGCCACGCCUUCCCUGGGCUCCUCAUUCCUGGCCUACAUUCCUGCGGCCAGCAUCCACGUGGCCGAUGGUUGCUGGAUCAGCCUGUACCUGCUGCCAGCCCCCUGCCCUUGGAGUCGAGGUGCCUGCUUUUCUGCCCGGUUCAGCCCAGAAUCCCUUCCCUGGGCUCCCAGGAUCUCUCCCCUUCCCAGCAGUGUCCUCUCCGUCCACACAGCGUGACUGCUCCAGGAACCUCAUGCCCCACACUCCGCUGAGGACACCACCCCUGCCCCCGGAAGUGCUGACGGCUGGACACCGGCCUGGGGGAACUCCCAGGGAGGAGCCAGUGAUCACAGCAGGCUUCCUGGUGGAGGUGGCCUUGAACUAGCUCUAGAAGAGCAGUUAGAUUUAGAUGGGCAGAGAGGAGGGAAGGGCAUUUAAUCCAAGGGAACAGGGAGCGCCCAAGUGUGCUGCCGUAAAGCGCCCCAUGAGUACAAACCCCAGAGCCCCUCUUUCCUGAGCACCCAGUAGGUACCGGGCCCCACGGGUCACAGGCAGCAGCAAGACAAGCUGCCUGGUUCAUCAACCUUAAACCCUCGUGGGAGAGAAAGACACGCUGGCGAGCACCGCAGGGCAUGUGGAAUCAGUGCUAAACUGCGGCUGACGAGAGGGGCCAGAGUCCAGACGAGAGGGGCCAGUCCGAGCCUAGGAGGACGGAGCCCUGCAGAGGGCCGAGCGAGGGCAGGCGCCCGGCAGGGACGGGCGGGGGAUGGGGCCCUGAUGACGCCAUCUCCCAGGCAACGGGCGCCUUGCAGGGGUGCUGCCCUGCCUCCCGGAGGUGAGGGGGAGGUAGCAGACGGGAGGAGGCAGGACUUGGGAGCAAGGGCCACCCGGGGGACACAGGAGAGGGGCCACGGGGAAAGGAGGACCCGGGGGUCCAGCAGGCAGUCCCGGGGGGGCCGCAGGACAACAGUCUACUCUGUGGAGUAAGAUCCAUGGGAGUGGGCGUUCCCCUCAAAACCUCAGCUUUACUGCAUGUCAACGAAAAAUAAAAGGGGCAGGGACUUCCCUGCCAUCCAGUGGUUAAGAAUCCGCCUUCCAACACAGGGGACGUGGGUUCGAUCCCUGGUUGGGGAACUAAGAUCCCAAAUGCCACAGCUAAGCCCACAAGCCGCAAACCAGUGAGUUCAUAAACCGCAGCCAAAGAGCCCGCGUGACACGGUGAAGACCCUGCGUGCCGCCGCUGAGACCCGAAGCAAGCAGAGAAACACUGUAUUUUAAAAAUAAUGAUAGUGAUACUAAACGGGACCAGAAGAGACGUUCCUGAAGCAGCCCCCGCCCCUGCUCUGGCCCCUGGAAUCGGCCGACAGCAGGCGGGCAGGGUUCCUGUAGAUUCCAACCACACUAAGGUUCACCCUCGGGAGCUUCCUAAUAAAACUCUUCUCUGACCUCGGC